AUGAACUGCAGAACCAGAAGUAAUAAUCAUCAUUUUUUCAGUUCAUUUUCACUUUUUUUUCUGUUCCUUUUGGUUCCUGCACUUGGCCUCAACUUGGAUGGAACUCUUUUGCUUUCUUUCAAGUACUCUAUUCUCAGUGACCCUUUAUCAGUUCUUGAUAAUUGGGACUACAAUGAUGUUACACCAUGUUUCUGGACUGGUGUAACAUGUGCUCAAGUUGAAACCUCGACUGGUGCCCCAGACAUGUUUCGAGUCAUUAACCUAGUCCUUCCAAACUCCAAACUCCUUGGAACAAUACCAGAAGAUUUAGGCUUCAUUGAACAUCUCCAGUCCCUUGAUCUUUCCAACAAUUUCUUGAAUGGAACUCUACCAAGUUCACUUUUCAAUGCUUCAGAACUACAGGUUCUUUCUCUGUCUAGCAAUUCAAUUUCUGGUGGACUUCAAGAAUUCACUGGAGAAGGAAACGGUCUCAAGGUUCUUAAUCUUUCUGAAAAUGCAUUGGCCGGAACUAUUCCAAAAAGUUUAACUUCUUUACAGAAUCUGACAGUGGUUUCUUUGAGAAGUAAUUAUUUUUCAGGCCUGAUUCCAGGUGGAGUUCAGUAUAUUGAAGUCCUGGAUUUGUCUUCCAAUUUGUUUAACGGAUCGUUGCCUGUUAAAUUUGGUGGGGGGAAUUUGAGAUACUUGAAUCUUUCUUCUAACAAGCUUUCUGGAUUAGUACCAUCAGAUUUCGCGAAGGAAAUCCUUGCAAAUGCGAAAAUUGAUCUUUCGUUCAAUAACCUGACAGGCGAAAUCCCAGAAUCAAUGGCCUUAUUUAACCAGAAAACUGAUUCUUAUGCAGGAAAUAUAGAUCUCUGUGGGAAACCACUCAAAAAGCUUUGUACAAUUCCAUCAACACUGUCGAAUCCACCCAAUGUUUCGACAAAUACUUCUCCUGCUGCUAUUGCAGUCAUACCAAAAACAAUUGGCUCGACUCCUCUGCCACAUUCUCCAACAACUUCAAAUGCAGCUCAAGAUCCACCACAACACAGGUUAAAACCCGGAGCAAUAGCAGGCAUCGCGGUUGGGGACUUAGCUGGUAUUGGAGUUCUAGCAAUCGUAUUCCUUUAUGUAUAUCAAUUGAAGAAGAAGAAGAAAAAGGCAGAUUCUGCAGGCAAAGAGGCUCCAAUAGUUAGUGUUCAUCAGUUUAAGAAAGAUUCAGAACCACCAGUAGAGAAAGAAGCACGAAAUGUUUCAACUUGGUCAUGCCUAAGUAUCGCGAAUGGUGAAGAAACAUCAGAAGCCACAGGAUCAGACAGUGAUGACUGUAAUAACAGCCAUGCCAUUGAUGAUCAAGAAUAUAAUUCAAAGCAGCAGAUUGAGAAAAGCAAGAACAAAAGGUCCCUUGUGAUGGUUGAUGGGGAGACCCAACUUGAACUCGAGACAUUAUUAAAAGCUUCGGCUUAUGUACUAGGAUCUAGUGGAGCUAGUAUAGUAUACAAAGCUGUGCUUCAAGAUGGAACAUCAUUUGCUGUUAGGAGAAUUGGAGAAAGUGGAGUUGAAAAUCUUAAGGAAUUCGAGAAUCAAGUUAAGGUCAUUGCGAAGUUACGUCAUCCCAAUUUAGUUCCUGUUAGAGGGUUCUACUGGGGAGAUGAUGAAAAGCUUGUAAUCAAUGACUAUGUCUCCAAUGGAAGCUUGGCCAAUUUUGGUUACAGAAAAGCCGGUUCGUCUCCAUAUAAUUUGCCUUUCGAAGUCCGGCUUAAGAUUGCGAAAGGAGUUGCCAAGGGACUGAGCUACAUCCAUGAAAAGAAACAUGUACAUGGCAAUAUCAAGCCUAGCAACAUUCUGUUGACAGCAGAAAUGGAGCCUGUGAUCAGUGAUUUAGGACUCCACUGGCUUAUAUAUGGCAAGCACGGCCACAAAUCAGACAGUUCUGCUAGGCAUUUUGGUAGCAAGAGAUCAACAUCUUCGCACGAUAAUGUUCACGAUCAUCAGUCCGUUAGUGGCAGCCCCUACAUUGCGCCGGUAGGCUUUGACGGGUGCACUUCCUCCUCUUAUCAUGCACCCGAGUUGCUCAAAAACCUCAAGCCUAAUCCCAAGUGGGAUGUCUAUUCCUUUGGAAUUUUGUUGCUUGAGCUUAUAACUGGCAAAGUAUUUUCGGACAGGGAGUUGAGACAAUGGACCACUGAUUUGGUUGUCUGCGAUCCCGACCGGGUUCUAAGGAUGGCUGACAUGGCAAUAAGGGGGGAUGUGGCAAUCCGAGAGGAAGCCACGUUAUCGUGGUUUAAGCUCGGGUUUUCUUGUGCUUCAUCUAUUCCACAAAAAAGACCUUCCAUGAAAGAUGCAUUACAUGCCCUUGAGAAAAUCCCAUUUUCUUCACACUAA